AUGUCUCCCCCUCCGAACCCUCCCCCGGGUACCGACUACGACGUGGACGGAGGGCGCAUGCUUCCCUCCAACGACUCCAUGAUGAUGGGCGACAUGGGGAUGAUGGGCGGCGACUUUGACACCAGCUACUGCGAGAUGCUGCUCAACUCACCCGUGCCCCCCACCGCCGACCAGGUGCCCUGGUUCUGCAUCUGCCACAGCUGCAAGGGCACCCCCGGGCCCAAGGGCGAGAGAGGGGACCGUGGCCUGCAAGGCAGACCCGGCAGUCCUGGAAGGAGAGGGCUCACAGGAUUCCAAGGUCGUCCAGGAUUCAUGGGCAGACCAGGAAUGAAAGGUGAGAAGGGAGACGAGGGCCUGAAAGGAGACAAAGGCCCCGUGGGAUUCACCGGACCCAAGGGAGAGCGCGGCUUCAAAGGUGGUAAAGGUGACGAUGGCGCAGCUGGACCUCCAGGCCUAGCGGGAGCCAAGGGGGAUGACGGAGAGUGCCCCGAAAUGUGCGAGACUGUGCAGGGCUCUGCCGGAGAACCGGGCCUUCCUGGACCUGUCGGACCCAGAGGUCUGCCUGGGGUAGCUGGGUUGCCAGGACCCAAGGGACCGAAGGGCGAUAUGGGAGUCAUGGGUCGCUCCGGUGGGCCUGGGUUACCGGGAUCAAAGGGUGAGCAGGGGCAGGAGGGUGAGUGCAACUGCCAGGAUGGAGAUGCAGGUGCCCCCGGUAACCAGGGCCCUAAAGGCGAGGUGGGCACCCAGGGGGAGCAAGGUCCCAAGGGAGAUGAGGGUGCCGCCGGCCCCAAGGGUGACCUAGGAGACAUGGGCAUGAUGGGCAUGCCCGGGCCCUGCACCCCGACCGUCCAGUCGGCCUUCUCCGCCGCGCUGGCGUACCCCUUCCCGCUGCCCAACAUGCCCGUCCCCUUCCCCGCCGUGCUCAACAACAUGCAGGGCCACUUCAACCCCUCGCUGGGCAUGUACACGGCGCCCGCCAACGGCACCUACGUCUUCAGCUACCACCUGACGGUGUACGAGCGCAUACUCAAGGUGGGCCUCUUCCACAACUUCCAGCCGGUGGUGAAGACCACGGAGCCGGCCCAGCUGGGCACGGCCUCCCAGACGGUGGUGCUGCACCUCACCAGCGGCGACCUGGUGUGGAUGCAGGUGAAGGACAGCAACAGCAACGGCAUGUACACCAGCAGCGAGGCCAGCAGCACCUUCUCGGGCUACCUGCUGCACCCCGACUCCUGCGACAUGCCCCUCUUCCGAGACUUCUUCCCCGAGCCUAUCAAGGGAGAGUACAGCUGGGGAGAGCUGGAGAUGCCCACCACGGCCGCCCCGACUGCAGCCCCCUAA